AAAGCCAUUCAGCCUUGAGAAAAAAAUCGGCAAAGUCUAAAUCUGAUUAUUUGUGUCAUCACUAUCUGUAUAAAUUUGGGGGCAAAUUAAAAAUCAACCAUAUCACGUUGAGAAGUGCAUCUGAUACCAUGAAGACCAUUAUUGCUUUUUCCGCUUUGGUAGCCGUAGCCUUUGCUGCUAGUCUCGAACAUGCUGCUCCCAGGCAACACAUUCCCAUAAUCAGACAAGAAAAUGAAGUCAGCAUCGAUGGUAACUACCGUUCUUCCUUCGAAACCGGAAACGGAAUCGUAGUCCAAGAGCAGGGUACCCUUAAAAAUGCCGGAGGCCAAGAACCAGUUGCUGAAGUUUCUGGGUCAGCAGAAUACCAAAGCCCGGAAGGUGUUCCAGUAGUACUUAGGUAUGUAGCUAACGAAUUUGGAUUCCAACCUGAAGGAAGCCAUCUCCCAACCCCACCAACAGACACCAACACACCUCCACCAAUACCAGAAGCAAUCCUUAGAUCUUUGGAAUGGAACGCUGCUCAUCCAGAAGAAAAUGAAGAAAGACCACAAAGACCCCUACAACAUCAUUAAAUUGUAACCAUAAGUUGUAAAUAAAUUGUUAUUUUUAUGCAA